AAUCUUAACCAUUUCUAUCCCUGGCUAUUUGUUGAGAUCAUUUCAGUACGAUCGAAUAUGUACAGGUUUUUCCUAUUAUCACUAUUUCUCGCCGUGCAGUUCAUUGCUACACUAUCUGACACACCACACCAAAUCGUGACCAAAUACAAAAACUAUUACACAAUAUGCAGUGGACUGGGAUACAAAGAAAAAUCUUGUGCAAGCAGGGAUGUUGUCGCCUUCCAUGCCAAGCUUCGGGAUUCUAUUUCAAAUCUUGGAAGUAAACAGCCAGUCAAAUUUGACACAGUGAUGCUAAAUGAAGGAUCAGGAUAUGACGUCAAAACGGGAAAAUUUACUGCAACGGAGGAUGGGGUGUACUCCUUUAGCUGGAAUGUUCUGGUUUACUCGGGAAAAGAGUUUCAUACAGAGAUUGUGAAGAAUGGGAACGCCAUUGCUUAUAAUUACGCCAAUGGUAGAAUAGUGAAGAGUGGGUAUUAUCUGUCAAGCUCAUCUACGGUCAACAUCAAAAUGAAGAAAGGAGAACAGGUGUGGGUCACAGCACACGGCAACCACGGGCGGUUCCUAUAUGGCGGAAUUUGGCCUAAUUUUUCUGGUUUUAAACUGUAAUCAUUAACUUCAAUGUGGCAAUAAAAGUAUGCGUUUCCCUUGAAAAUAAAUAGCCUAUUACU